UUCCUGGUGGGAAACUGUAUAUAACUUGCGCUUUGCGACGUGUACGCUCUCCUGGAAAGACUGGUCUGGUUCAGUGGGGAAGGAAAAGUGGGGUUUUAGUCGGAAUUCCGGCCCUUUGGCAGGCGGCAGUUGGAAAGAACGCCCUGAAAUUUGCGAGCGUGAAAGGUUAACGUUUUUACAGCAGGGAGGAACGAUCGCUGGAGCAGCCAGGAAUAUUCAGCCAGCCGGAUGCUGGAGGAGCUGGGGAAAGUUGUACCGAGGCUUCCUCAGGGAAACGCGAGAGUCCUCUCUGCUGCACCUGCGCUCAUGUCCAAGGCAGCAGCCAAUGCCGAGAACUUCAACAGUUACUGAAAGUGAUGUUUUACUGGAUAGAGAAAAAUCUGAAGGAGAAAUUCCACGUUAGAAAAUCAGGUUACUGCUCGGUCAUCUUAAGCUCUUCCGUUCUCCUUGGGCAUUUGUUCCUAACGCCUUCCCUGGAAAUAGCAAGGUUCAGCCGUGCAGUGGGUCAGGUCAGGAAACUGAUCCAGCUGAAAACACUGUUUAUUUCGAUUUCAGAUUAUUCAGCUUUUUUAUUUGAUUAUACAGGGACCUGGACAUAGGUGCAAGAGAAAUGGCUAUAUGUAGUAAGGAAGAAGAGAGGUCCCCGCCCAUCAUCCGCAUUUAAGGCCGUGGAUCACUGUGAGCUACAGUGUGAAGCACGCGGGCUGCAGAUCUGAUUUGACCCGUGCAUUACAGCAGUUUCUUGAAACUCAGCCUCAUCUCAUGGCAGCAAAGACAAGUUUCCACACGAGAACCCGACGUAAAUCGAUGCAGGGAAGGCAAUAGGCUGUUGCAUCUGUCACACCACAGCACCCUCUCUCAAGCGCAGCGAUGGCAUUUCAGGGUAGCAUGAAUAUCCCAACUGUGCUUAUUCAGAGAUCAAAGUGGUUCAGCUGGAGCUGACUAAAAUCAUAUUUCUUUGUUACACGUGUGCUACGUUGCCCUUGCAGCUCAGUGCAGCUGCAGCUCACUGCCUACGGAGAGCUGCCAUACACCAGAAAGAAUGAUAUCCUCAGUAUAUACCACAAGGGACAAUAAAGAGGAGCGGAGUCCUGCUUGCCUUACCCAGGCAUGGGAUGAACCUCGCAGGUCUCUUAAGGCCCUUAGUGCCCAUCUGCUCUCCCUCCACUAGAAGCACGGAGGGAUGUAGUUCUGGAUUCUUUGAUUCCUUGUGUAAGCAUUAAGUCCUUUCUGACUCAUACCAAGCUCCUGGUCUCAGAGACUUUUCGCUGCGAUGAGUGCCGUCUGCCAACCAUCUUUUUCAGACAAGGCGAAUGAUCCCUUUCCCUGGUUUUGGCUCUGCUCCCGGUUUCUUGGCAGCUCCCCGGGUUCACUUCUGGUGAGUGAGCCGGGCCGGGACCUGGUCUAGGGCUGGUGCUCCCAACACCAUCAGCUCCCAAUACCAUCUCCCAACCUUGUUGGGAGAACAACAAGGAGCUGUACUGCCCGCUGCAUUACAUCUGCGUUGCUCUAGCAGAAUCCGGGAGCCAUUUGUCAGACUCUCUGUCCUACCCAGGCUUCUUUCACUCAUAAAUUUGUCCAGAAAACAGCCAUAGACUCCUUUCAAGGUAUGUGAUUCUCUCUGUCUCCUGGAUGAUUCCUCCCUUCUUCCACCACACGGAGCUGCUUUAACAUCCACUUGCUUUUGAGAGGCAUCCUCUGGUAGGUCCUCCAGUGUUCCUGACACUCCCCAGGGAAAGACCAUUUUCUCGCUGAAACUGAAGCACCGGAAGCAGAAUUCAGUUGAUCUUUGGAGGAGAAAAUGUGAGACAGACUAAAGUCAACUUCUCAUACAAUUUUCAGGUUCUGAAUCGUUUCAGAAUAAUUGUUGGGGUUAGAUGCAGAUGAAAGCUACCGGUGCUCUUAAAAAUGAUCCCCCAAAUGUCUCUGCCUUUAUAUUUCAACAAAAAAGAACUGGGUGUUUUGAAGUAGAGGAUGAAAGAGCCAACAGCGCAGCCUUCUGUGGAACUUGGAGGGAAAAUGGACUCAGGUGAGAACAAAGAAAAAGCUGACAUGAGAUUACAACAACUUCAAGCCCCACCUGAGGUUUUCCUACAUUUGCUACAUGUAAUAACUAGCUCUUCUUUCCAGCCUGCCUGUGAAGCUGUUGCUCUUCUUGGUAUAUGAAGGGCUUGAAAACACGUGGUCCCAAACCAGCCCCUUUCCAAUGUACCCAUUGGAACUUGUCCCCGGUGCUGCCUCUGCCCCUGGGGAACCCAUCGCACCUUAGAGGCUCCCUCCAGCUUGCCAUUUUAAGGUGUUUGUAAUGCCAGCUGCAUCUUCACCAACUUCCUAGAGAACCAAACAGUUGAAGCUGAUGGAUCACUUGCUACGUGAGCUGGAGUUGUUAUCGCAGUGGCCUCGAGCUGGUUGAAGAUUCAGGUUAACCCACCAUGCCUCGCUUGUUGCUUCAGUCAUACAGGUCACAGACGAUGGCAUUUCUUGAGGAGUUGGACCAUUACUCUUCCUUGGCCAAACUCAUGUCAAUCUACCAAGCAACCAACAGGACCACCUUCAACUGGACAGACAGCCGCAUUGUUGAGUGGGAGAAAUUUGCUGAGCUGGCUAAAUACGAGCCGGAAUCCCAGAAACCAACAGUGAAAGCUCUCCUAAUUGUGGCGUACUCGGUCAUUAUCAUCAUGUCUCUCUUCGGGAACGUGCUGGUGUGCCACGUGGUGCUGAAGAACAAGAGGAUGCACUCAGCCACCAGCCUUUUCAUCGUCAACCUGGCGGUGUCCGACCUUAUGAUCACGCUGCUCAACACGCCUUUUACCCUGGUUCGGUUUGUGAACAGCACGUGGAUCUUUGGAAAGGCCAUGUGCCACAUCAGCCGCUUUGUGCAGUACUGCUCCCUCCACGUCUCCACGCUGACCCUGACGGCCAUCGCCCUGGACAGGCACCAGGUUAUCCUGAACCCGCUGAAGCAGAGGAUGUCACUAACAAAAGGAGCACUGAGCAUCUCUGUUAUCUGGCUGAUGGCAACCUGUUUCUCCCUACCCCACGCCAUCUAUCAAAAACUUUUCCAGUAUAACUACAGGGAAGCCACCAUCCGGAGUUUGUGCCUCCCAGAUUUUCCUGAGCCUGCAGAGCUGGUCUGGAAGUAUCUGGACCUGUCUACCUUUCUCCUUCUUUACCUUCUGCCUCUGCUGAUCAUCACUGUCACCUACACGCGCCUGGCCAAGAAGCUGUGGCUCCGCAACGCCAUCGGCGACAUCACCACACAGCAGUACAUCACCCACCACAAGAACAAGAAGAAGAGCAUCAAGAUGCUGGUGCUGGUGGUGGUGGUGUUUGCUGUCUGCUGGUUCCCUCUCAACUGCUACGUUGUGCUCAUCUCCAGUCUCGGCAUCAAGACAAAGAACUCCCUCUAUUUCGCCCUGCACUGGUUCGCCAUGAGCAGCACCUGCUACAAUCCUUUCAUCUACUGCUGGCUCAACGAGAGCUUCCGCUCGGAGCUCAAGUCCUUGCUCUGCAUGUGCCAGAAGGUGCCUCAGACUCAGGACAACAUGCUGCCGCCCGUGGUUACGUCCUGCCGCGAGGCGUGGAUGGAGCAGGCCAGGUACAGGAAGGGACCUGCCUCGCAGACCAUUUGCUCCACCGUAAACAUCCAGACGGCCAACACGGACCUGUGAGCCGAAGGGCUGAGUGAGAAGGAACAGGAGAAAACGGAGGGGAUGUCCUCGCUUCCGGGCCACUUGACCCCACUCGGCCACGUCCCUGCAGCUCAGGUGUACGUUGCAACGUCUGCACGAGGAGCAGAGAGCGGAGCAUCGUGAGUGGCAGCAGAAAUGGAUGAACACACGAUCCCUGAUGCACUUCACUUGGAAACUAACAAUUAUUUGAAUAUGGGAACUUAAGGCAGCCUGCUGCUGAGCGCAGGGACUGUGCUCUCUCCGUGUAAAGCAGGGUCCAUUUUCAGUUGAAAAACAGCGUUGUGAGUUUUUCAAAAUGUUAAAAGCAUCUCUAAUCAAUGAGCAUCACAUCAUUUAAUUAUUAAGAGAAGCUGUCAUUUGCCCUUUUACUGUUCCUCACUCCUCAUCAACUUUUAGUCAAUGGCCCUCAAACUACCCUAUAUUCCACUUUAUUAAAAUAUUAUUUCUUCCCUGUGGAA